AUGCAUAAGUGUGAUCUCGUUAGAUUACUUAAUAAAUAUAUUUUUGUUAUUCAUUCAAAAGGAGAUUCGAAUAGACAUACAAGCAAUUAAUGUGUUCUUAAAAAGUCAUAAUAAAUUAAAAAAAUGAUGCGGGGCCCUAAAUAUUAACAGCAAAAUAUUCAGGAACUUUGCAGAUCGAAAUUCGAUGACGACGACGAUCCAGAUAUUGAUCAGAAUGUUAGGGUUGAUAGAUUUGGAAACCCAAUCAAUAAAUAAUUAAAGUUUCGCAUAUGUUUUAGAGAUGAAAUACUUCCUUCUCAAUAAGUGUUUGACGUUCGUAUUGUUGAAAAUUGGAAACUCUACAAUCUGAUGGAAGAUAAAGAGGAAACUGAUGCUUGCUGUAAACAAUUUUGUUAGAUUAUAUGA